AUGACACACCUCAAAGAGACAGGUCCAGACUACGGACCCUCCCAAAAAGCAGGCGGGGGCCAAGCCGGACCGCCGCCCUCCCGGCGCGCCUCGCACCGGCCCUCCUCUAACAAACGUUCUUCCCUACAUCCAACGACACUAGCUCUCUAG